GCCGUUGGAUGAGACUAUUAGAUAUUCAGAUAUUUUUAUUCCUCCUCGCGGUGGACGAGAUUCCAGAUAGAUUUUUUCGCAACAUUUCCACUCAGAUUUUCCGCUUCUUUGCAUUUUCCUCCUCCUGAGGCUUCGAUUUCGCGAGAUGGUAGAAGUGGUUGUGAGCAGCGAAGAAGUGGUGGUGGCUGUGGAGACGGCGGCGGAGGAAUCUGCGGAAGGCGGCGGAGAGAAGUUGCAGCGGCGGCGGAGGCAGAGGAAAGACGCCCGAGAAGGGGGAGAUGGAGACGGUCUGGUGAAGUGGGAGAGAUUCCUUCCGAAAAUCGGUUUGAGGGUUCUGCUCGUUGAAGCCGACGAUUCGACGAGACAGAUAGUCGCAGCCCUUCUCAGGAAAUGCAGUUACAGAGUUGCUGCUUUUCCUGAUGGCUUGAAAGCGUGGGAGAUGCUGAAAGGAAGGCCUGAAAGUGUGGAUCUGAUAUUAACUGAGGUUGAUCUGCCAUCAAUUUCCGGAUAUGCACUUCUAACUCUCAUCAUGGAGCAUGACAUCUGCAAGAACAUUCCUGUCAUAAUGAUGUCAAAACAGGACUCGGUUAGUACAGUGUAUAAGUGCAUGUUGAGAGGAGCAGCUGAUUAUCUUGUUAAACCGUUGAGGAGGAAUGAGCUGAGAAAUCUAUGGCAACAUGUCUGGAGAAGACGGCAUUCAUUUGCUGCUGGGGACAUGCCGCUUGAUGAGAGCGUGGGACAGAAGAAGCUCGAGGGCACAUCUGAUAACAAUUCCACCAGCAACCACAGAAAUGCCAUUGAGAAAGAUGAACAACCAGUGAUCGGUAAAGGCAGUGAUGCUCAGAGUUCGUGUACAAGGCCGGAACUCGAAGGCGAGAGCGUGGAUGUUGCUAAUAACCAGAGGGAUUUGUUACAGAUGAAGAGUGGGAAGCCUCUGUUCAAUGAUAUGCAAGUCCCGGAGAACGAGACAGAGAGCAUUCAUGGUGUUGAAAAUGUAAGAGGUGUGGAUAGAGACUCGUGUAAAGAGGCCAUAGACUUCAUGGGGGCAUUGUUCAGAAGAAAUGAAGAAUGUAUUAGAGAAGAAAUUACAGCCAAGUAUGAGUCUCGGCUUGAACUCGAUCUCUCAUUGAAAAGAUCUAACACUUCUGAGAACCCGUCUUCCACAGAUCGGCCUGGUCUCUGGCCAUCUAUUGCCUCGGCUUUCACACCGUAUGUUCACAAGCCCUUGCAGACACAGUAUUCAAUCUCGCGCGAGGUUUCGGAUCAAAGAUUAUGUGUGGUGGAAAAUCAGAACGAUAAAAAUUCAUCUGAAGUGACGACUUUCAACCAUUCCAAUUCAUCAGAACCACCUCCAAGCGCUCUGAGAAGAGCAAAUGCUCCGGGGCCACCUCCAAACAUCCAGACAAGCCCAUGGUCACACCAGAGCUCUUACCCGGUGCCAAUUCCCGUAAAAGGUAUACGUUUCAGUGGCCAAAACUUGGGAUACACUUCUGAAAUGGCACCUGUUAUCAUUGCUCAGUCAAGCCCUUCACCAACACCGAGUCCUAGCUCCAUUAGCCCGCAAGAGUAUAGUUCCCGGCUUCACCCGUGUCCUCAUUCCAGUCUGGAAAAUGGUACACCCGAGUGUUCGCAAGAGCGAGAUGGUUACAUUAACCAUUCCACAUCGCCAAAAGGGGCUGGGUACAAGCCGGAUUCUGUGGAAGAGAGAAGAUACGUCUCCUCUGUGACUGAACAGAGCGUAUUAGGCAGACUCUGCAAUGCUGAUCAUCAUCUGGAGAAGAAGAACGAAGACGAGUUUCCAUCACCCAAUGGAAAAAGUCAACGUUCUCUUCAACGGGAAGCCGCUCUUUCUAAAUUCCGCAUGAAACGGAAAGAUAGGUGUUUUGAGAAAAAGGUGCGGUAUGAGAGCCGGAAAAAGCUGGCAGAGCAACGGCCACGGGUGAAAGGGCAGUUCGUACGUCAAGCCCAAGUUUCUGAGCAUUCAGCAUCGACAACACAAGCUCCAAAUGCAGCAGCUCAAGAUAAUCCCUCGUGAUGAAAAUCCCCCCGAACCCGAUACAUAUAGUACGAUUUUGCAUCGAGUAGGGAGUUUGCUUCUGGUUCUUUCUUCAAUGUUCAGCUCUCUAAGAAGCCCUUUUGUCUCUGUCUGAAGGGUGUUGUAUCUGUACAUACAGUACUGUAGUGUGUUCGUUUGAAUACGAUGAUCUACUUAGAUGUAAUGUAUUGCUUUUGUUUCUGGUAUUUGUACAAAAAAAGUCAUCAGGUAGCGGUGAAGCCCCAAGGCCAUUGAAGAGGAAGAUGAAAGAACAAAAGCUUCUAUGACUACUGACUUUGUGAUUAUGUUCCGCACAUGUAUUUGUGUAAGGAUCUCCUCAAUGUGUGUAUGUUUACUCUGAUGAUAAAAAAAAAACGUUUAAAGA